AUGGUACUUAAGGUCUUCUUUCCAUCAUGCUGCUCCUCAGCAGAAAGUGGCAUUUUGAUCGGCCGCUGGAUCUCAGAACAGAACUCUGCUGUUAUCCUUGCCGUGGUCCAUUUCCCUUUUAUUCCUGUCCAGGUGAAGCAGUAUCUCAGUGAAAUCCAACGGGUGACUAAAGUCAGUGUUUCUGUCCUUGGCUCAUGGAGCAACAGCAAACAGGAGAAAGAGAGUCUGAGUGAGUUCUUGGAAGACCUUGGGACAAUAUUCUCUCAUGAGCCAUGGAUUCAGAUGAGCAAAGAGGGAGGCAGCAAAUUCUGGAGCUGUUCUACCCUUCAGAAACACUCUAACAACCCUAAGGAAGAAGAAAUCAUCUUAGUAUACUAUGACCAGCGGAAAGUCAUGCUUUCCCACCUACAUCCCCCUUUGGACACAGCUACCUCCACUGACCACAAGGCAGAUGAGGCUUCAAAGCUCUCUGCCAUCUUUGACACAGUUGCGAAGAGUAAGAUACUGUUCAUGACAGACAGAUACAAUGAUGGGCCCAUCAAGUUGACCCACUGGCAGUCGGAUGGCGUUGAAGCUAGUAUCAUUGUGGAGCUGAUGAAGCAGGCCUCUGUGCCUGCGUGCAUGCUGCUGACACUCCUGCUUUCACUUAUCUCUGGGAUCUGCAGGAGCAGGGUGCUGAAGUUUUGGCCUUUGUCUUUCUUAUGGAGCAAACUCUCAACUUGUGAGCAGCUGGGACAUCGCCUGCAGCACCUCCAGGUCAUCAGCAGCAACAAGAAGGCUCAAACCCAGACUCAACUAAUGAGGAAAGCCAACAUCUUUGUCUCUCUGCUGAUUGAUGUGUCUCUGGGGAUACUGCUGAUGUCCUGGCUCUACAGAAAGAACCGAAUUGGUCACCUUGCUGACACCCUCAUCCCCAUGGCUGAUGUAGCUCUGCAGCUGCAGGUUGAGUGGUUAUCAAGCCAGAAUGCUUUUAUUCUGGAGUCGACAGGAAGUGUCCUCAAGCUGUUGCUAUAUGGGGAUGGGGCGUUUGGGGGGAAAAAAGCU